GCCCCCAUUCCAGAGGGGGAACGGGGCCAUUGAUUUUCCCAGCCAGGAGCUGGGGAGUUGCAGGCGCCUUUGGGGGCAGGGGGGGCAUUUGAGGCCGCGUUGGGAAAGGAAGGGCUGUCUUAGCAUUCGCCGGCCUUUUCUACAAAGCAGAUAUGACUGCUGUCUUCCACUUUUGCUUGUGAAAUGCAUUCUGGUUUCGACAAAGCACUCGUUCACUCACAAGGACAACGUAUCAGCUUUGCGGGACUCAGGAGCCCCGCCAAGUGGGGCAGCUCUCGUGGAAGAGUGUGGCAGGCCUGUGGCACUGCCGGAGACUUCUUUGGGGCUCUGAUUGAGGAUGGAAGAGCUGGGCUCAAGUGGACCUCACACAGGAAAAUCAUGUGAUGCUUUUGGGGCCAGGAGCAGUGAGGAAUUCUGGGGGAAAACAUUACAGAAAAUCCUGGGCGACACACUGAGCAGCCCAAAUGCCCAGCAUCUGCAUUUCCGGCAUUUCCACUCCCCAGAAGCAAGGGGACCCCGAGAGGUUUGCAACCAUCUCCAUGACCUUUGCCGCCAGUGGCUGAAGCCUGAGAGACACACCAAAAACCAGAUCCUUGACCUGGUGAUCCUGGAGCAGUUCCUGGCCAUCCUGCCCCCAGAGAUGGAGGGCUGGAUCCGGGAAUGUGGGCCGGAGACCAGUUUCCAGGCAGUGGCCCUGGCGGAAGUUUUCCUGCUAAGCCAGGCAGAAGACAAGAAUCAGGACCAGCUGGUGCAGGGACCAUUUCCAGAACUGACUAGUAAUUUCCCCGAAGCAGAGAAAGCUCCUUUGGACACCAGCCAGAGGUUACUGUUCGAUGAGAUCACGCAGGAGAGUGACCAAAGGGCUUCCGCACUGGGUGACGGAAUGGCCUUAGCGAUGCAUAUCAGGUUGUCGCUUCUUUGUGACGGGGAGGAGCCGUCUGCUGUGCAACCGGAUCAGGGCCUGCUGACCUUUAAUCAGGUGGCCAUGCAUUUCACUGAUGGGGAAUGGGCCCUCCUGGAUGCAGACCAAAGAGCCCUGCAUAGGAAGAUCAUGGAGGAGAACUGCCAGAAUGUGGCCUCUCUGGAAGGUCCUCUGAUUCGCAAUCUGGAUCUCAACUCCUGGCAGGAAGAAGGAGAAGCUCGAUUUGUCCAGGGUUUCAAGGAAGAAUCAUUAAGAAGUUGCAUGGGUUCUGUUAAUCCCUCUGGAUCUUACUGGUUUCCCUCAGAUGAAUGGCAUGAGGGGCAGCCACUCAGGGAGAUGUUGGGAAGAAGCAAGCCUGAAGAGGUGGAACAGCACAAAAUCAAAACAGAAAUAAAACAGGAAAGGGGAGAUGAAUACUCCAUUUCUCAGGAUUGCAAGGACUCUGAAAUCUCAACCCCACAAAAGACAGACACGGGAAAGGAAAUUAGUAAGUGUCCUGUGUGCCAGAAAAUCUUCCGUUGGAAAUCAAGCCUUUAUGCACACUGGAGAAUCCAUAAGGAGGAAAAACCAUUUCAGUGCUCAGAGUGUGGCAAGAGCUUUUGCCAGAAGGCGAACCUUAUUCGACACUUAGGAGUACAUACUGGGGAGAAACCAUUCCAGUGCUCAGAAUGUAGCAAGAGGUUUGGUCAGAGGGAUAAAUUGCUUAGGCAUCAAGGGAUUCAUACAGGGAAGAAACCGUAUUCAUGCUUACAGUGUGGAAGGCAUUUCAGAGACAAAACAGAUUUUACUUCCCAUCAGAGGGUCCACACAGGGGAGAACCCAUAUAAGUGCUUAGAGUGUGGGAAGAGUUUCUGUAAGAACUCAGACCUUACAAGACACAAAAGAAUUCACAUGGAAGAGAAAACCUAUCAGUGCUCAGACUGCAGCAUGGAUUUAUGUUACAAAUCAAGCCUUAAAGAUCAAGAGAGACUGCAUGCAGGAGAGGAGCCAUAUAAAUGCUCACAGUGUGGAAAGAACUUCAGUAAGAACUACGAACUUACCAGACAUGCAAGAAUUCACAUGGGAGAAAAACUCUACCAGUGCUCAGACUGUAGCAUGAGUUUUUCUCAAGGGGGAAGCCUUAGAAAUCAUCAGAGAAUCCAUACAGGGGAGAAGCCAUAUAAAUGCUUGAUGUGUGAAAAGAGUUUUGCUCAGAGGAUAAACCUUAAUUCCCACCAAAGAUUGCACACUAGGCACAAUCUGAACCAAUAUGGAAUAGCAGUUGAAGUGUUGGAUCCACCUCCAAGCUUCCAGGAAUUUCCCAAGCCGGAGUUGACAUCCCUAAAUGGAACACCAACAGUUCCAAUCCUGUCUGUAAAAGUUGACAGGCUAAAGAGAUUUGGAGCCCAGAUGGAAGGACAAGAGGCAGUGGGCUAUGAAGCCAGCCCAAAUCCUGGUGUCACCAAGCCUGGGAGCAGCAGGGAAUUCUGGGAAGUAACGAUGCAGAAGGAUCCAGAAGAGGACGCGGUUCCUUCAGAUGUGAAGCGUCAGCAUUUCAGGCAGUUUCACUACCAUGAGGCUGAGGGACCCCGAGAAACUUGCAGCCGACUCCACCAUCUUUGCUGCCAGUGGCUAAAGCCAGAAAGGCUCAGCAAGAAGGAGAUGCUGGACCAGGUGAUCCUGGAGCAGUUCCUGGCCAUCUUGCCCCCAGAGAUACAGAGCUGGGUCAGGGAAUGCGAGCCUGAGACAAGUUCCCAAGCAGUGGCCCUGGUGGAAGGUUUUCUCCUAAAUCCAGGAGGGGUUGACCAGAUAUGGGAGCCAUCUGCAGAAGGAGAUGCUGAUUUCUCUGAGAGAGCUCUGUGUGAUACUAGACAAAGGCCACUCUUCUGGAUGAUCACGCAGGGUGGUGACAGUGGUAUUUCUUCUCAAAGUGUUGGAACAAGACUGGCAAAGCAAAGCAUGCUGUUAUAUCCUAGUGAUGAAGCAAAAUCCACAUCUGUGCAGCCAGAUCAGGUACGGGAGGGCUUCCUGUCCUUUGAGGAGGUGGCUGUGGAAUUCACUAAUGAGGAGUGGGUGCUGCUGGAUCCUGGCCAGAGAGCCUUGUACGUCGAAGUCAUGCUGGAGAACUGUGAGAGUGUGGCCACCCUGGGUGAUGAAGGGAAGAAGGAAGGAGAGGUCCCUACAAAGUUAUUGGAUGGAGUUCGAUGUAAAAAAGAAGAUCAACCAGGAAAGGAAACGGAAGCAAAAUUGCACAAGUGGAAGAAAUCUGGUGUCAGGCAAGGCAACAACCACCAUUUAAUCUCAACUCAAAGCCGGUUAGGCCAAGCAAAGGAAAAGAGCCAGUGCCCAGUGUGUGGGAAAAGCUUCAAUUUUAAAUCCAGCCUGAAUGCUCAUUGGAGAAUGCACAAGGUUGAUAAACCAUUUGAAUGCAUGGAGUGCGGAAAGCAGUUAAGCACCACAGCAAGCUUUAAGACCCAUCAAAGAAUCCACACGGGAGAAAGACCAUUUAAAUGCUCAUUGUGUGGAAAGACCUUUAGCCAGAGCUCGGCUCUUACUUCCCAUCUAAGAAUCCACACAGGAGAGAAGCCAUACACCUGCUCAGAAUGCGGAAAGAGCUUCAGCCAGAGCUCAGCUCUGACUUCCCAUCAAAGAAUCCAUACGGGGGAGAAACCAUAUCCAUGCUUGGAGUGUGGAAAGAGUUUCAGUAAGACAACUGACCUUACGAGGCAUCAAAGAAUCCACACAGGAGAGAAACCAUACAAGUGUUCAGAGUGCGCUAUGAGUUUUUCUCAAGGAGGAAGCCUCAAAUAUCAUCAGAGGCUGCACAUGGAAGAAGAACCCUAUAAAUGCCUGGAGUGUGGGAGGAGCUUCAGUAAAAAUACAGACCUCACAAGGCACCAGAGAAUCCACAUGGAUGAGAAACCAUUUAAAUGCUCUGUGUGCAGCAAGAGCUUUACUCAGCGCUCGGUCCUGAUCUCCCAUCAGCGCAUUCACACGGGGGAGAAGCCAUUUUCAUGCUUGGAGUGUGGAAAGGGCUUUAUUAAGAAUUCUGACUUGACAAGGCAUCAAAGAAUCCACACGGGGGAGAAGCCUUACAAAUGUUCUGAGUGUCCCAUGAGUUUUUCUCAAGGAGGGAGCCUUAAAUAUCAUCAGAGGCUGCACCUUGAGGAAGAAACAUAUAAGUGCCUGGAGUGCGGAAAAAGCUUUAGCCAGAGUGUGAGCUUAGCUUCUCACCAGAUGAUGCACAUGGGAGAAUCUUGCAGACUGGAGAAAUAUCUGGAUGAUGAAAAGAAUUUCAGAUGGGGCACAGAUACAGAUGGAUUGACUAUCACACCAAGUACAGAAAUAAUCAAACUUGAGAUUCUCUGACCAAUCAAAUUUUUGUCAGAUCUGCAUUAGGGGAGAGGCUGUAUGAAUGCCCAGAUGUCUGUGAACUGUGUUUCUUGUGAGAAAAACAAGUGAGUGUAAGAAACAACAUUCAGUUGAAGCCAGGAAUUCAGAACAGCUUUGUCUUUUGGCGCAUGCAUGGUUGCUUGUUGUGAAUUUAUCCAGCCUUCCUGCCAUCAAUCAAAAACCCAUAUGAUUCGUAUGGCAAACUGUUAUUGAAAAGGAAAAAAACCACUGAAAUCUGUUUUAAAGAAUGCAAAAAGAUCCUUGCUGGAUCAGACCCAGUGUUCAGGAUCCUCCUAUUUAUUUAUUAUUAAGUUUAUAUUGACCAUCUAGGUGACCAUAGGAACCUUCAAGAAGGGUAUUAUGUUAACAGUUCACCUUCAGUUUUAAUUGAUUAUUCAUUUUUAGUAAAACUUACAUUUGUUCUGAAUCUGGAGGUUCCACCUUGCUUUCCCUGCUAUUAGCUAUUGAUAGACAACUGCUGGGACAUUUCUUAAGGUUUUGGAACCAUAUUUUGUGCUUUGAUUUAGAAUUGGGUAGAUUGUGUAUGCCAUUUUCAAACAAAUGUGUUUACUUUGCUUGGCUCAAAGGUGUCCUGUAUUCUCCAGUGUAAAUAAUAGUUGGCUUACAGAGGCGUGAAAUUGUCCUUUACACAUGAUGAAAACAUGCAAUUCUCUGCCUUGCAAAUGCAGCAGAUACCUCUAUCAGGUAUCAAGCAUUGAGGAACACUUCAGAUAUUUUCAAUCAGCGAGUCAUGUGCCUAAUACAUAGAUCUAGAAUUGUGUGUCUAAUUUUCCCUUUCCAUCUUGGGCAGGGGGGUUAUCCUGUAAGCUAAUGGAAUUUUUGUAUAAUGUUUAGUGACUUGCUUCAAACUCUGUAUUAGGGUCGCCUUUAAUGUCACAUAUCUAAGAACAGUGCCACAUUUUCUGCAAGCUCAUGUCUCAUUUAUCUUGAAUGUUCCCAAAAACUCAAAACACAAAGCUACGAUAAAGGAUUUCUCUUUGCUGUUUCUCAUUGUUGGUGACUGGACCAGAUCAGCAUUGGGAGCUUUGGAAAUUCUUCUUCCGUGCAUUCACUAACUGGAUGGAAUGUGGAACAUAUCUACUACUUUCCUUCAUUACAAGGUGACAAAGUUCUCCACUUGUCCUGGUCUCAGUGCUGACAAUCUCCUGCUGUCUGUAUGAAUUCUCUUCUAUGCUAGGGGCAAGUCACAGCUCAGAGUGAUUAGGUUUUUGUCCAGUGGGCAGACUGAUACCUGCCAAGCACUGUGGUCAUCAGCCACUACAGAACAUUAAAGUUCACAUCUGGUUACUUUCAGAUAGGUAACUGUUUUGGUCUGCACUAGAAGAGCAAAGUUUGAAGCAAGUAGCAUUUUAAAAGGCCAACAAGAUUUACAGAUGAAGAGAGCUUUGACUCUUGUAAGCUCAUACCUGUUGGUCUUUAAGGUGCUACUAGACUAGAAUCACGCCCUGUUAUGUGAGCUCACAGUGGUAUGACCAUGUCAAAAAGUUAUUGCUGGAUCCCUAUUUUAGAAUUACUACUGAGAAACCCGUCAAAAUAUUCUACCCAAGUUGGACUCUGUAUUAAAUCAAGGCCUAGCCUGCUUGCAAACAGGCAAAAAAUGUAAGGGUGUCAUUUGGACUGUUGAUUCAAACUAGACAAAUUUCAGAACGUGUUCUUGUCUGCCCUUUUCCUGACCCUGAAGAGUAUAUAUGGCAAAUAAUGCAUUUAUUUGGUAAGUACCAUUAUUUUAUCUCUCAUCUACGCAUCAUGAAGCUGCCUUAUGCUGAAUCAGCCAUUAUACUGAAUCAGCUGCCUUAAUCAGACCAUUGGUCCACUGAAGUCAGUACUCUCUACUCAGACUUGCAGAGUCUCAGGCAAAGGUCUUUCACACCACCUACUUCCUGGUCACCUUUAACUGGAGAUACCAGGGAUUGAAUUUGGGAUCUGCAUCACAACCAGAUGCUGUACCACUAAGCCACAGCCCCUCACAUAUCCCUAAAAAUACUUCCUUGAUUGUGAGUGUGGUGUGGUCAUUAAUGUGCUUGAAUAGAACUGGGGAGACCCAGGUUCAAAUCCUCAUUGACCUAAAGUUCACUGGGUGCCCUUGUACCUUGAUGAAGCAAGUGACCACAGGGCAUUUUCUGCAGUGGCGCCUCCUUUGUGGAACUCCCUGCCUUCAGCUGUCCGCUUAGCAUCUUCCCCAGUUCAGUUUUAGACUUCUGGUAUAAACAGUUUUAUUUAUCCCAGUAUUUGGUGUGUGUAUUUAAUUUUAAUAGUCUAGAUGUACUUCAGUUAAAUGUUGUAAUUUAUUUUAAAGUGGGAAAAUAAUGAAGCAUUGAACAAGAAAUAACUAAGUUGAAACCCUGUACUCUUCCCAUCUGAGACCAAAUCAAAGAAAUAGUAAUACAUAUAUGUGAAUGCACAGAAGCCGAUAUACAAAGAUCAGGACUACACCGGAAUGGUCUACAUUGUAAUUUGAAAGGUAUUUCCUUAAUAUGAGAUCAGCCAUGUUGGAGAGCUCAGUAUUCCAGGAAAAGCAGCCAUGCCAUCAAAGAAAUCAGUAGGAUGAGCUUCCUUGUCUGCUUUCACUGGAAGUGCAGGCAUUUUCAUCACCAAAAUAUGCCAGUCUGUGCCACCCGUGGAUUCUUAUAGGUGGUUGCUCUUUCCCACUCAACCCCACCACCAGUUGAGUGACCAGUGAAAAGAUGCAAUACUAAGUUCUUAUGAAUGACAAAUUUUCCAGCAUGAUUUCACAUACAGUGCCAGGAGAGUCCAUUCUUCCUUGGUGAAAUAUGUGUACACCUCUUCAAAACGUACUGAACUCUGGGGAGAAAGAGGAAAUGUUAGCUCGUUACUGAAGACCUUUAAUUUUUUUCUUUGACUUAAGCUGGAAGACUUCAGGGUUUUGUGUUUUAACAACCACAUUUUGAAGAUUCUGCUACCACAAAACCUAAUCCAUAAUCUUUACAGUCUCCUAAUUUAGUAAAGGUAUAAGCAAAGUGUUGCAGCAUGUAAGUAAAUACAAACUAACCUUGGUUGCCAUCGAAAUAUAAAGCUAACAACUAACCCUAACCUAACUUCUCACCAGCUUCUCAUCAUUUCAUGACUGCUCUAAGAAGUUACAUUUAAUUGAAUAUUGGUGCCAGCAUAGAAAGCAGCUGGUUAAGAAAUGUCUUCAUCCAUUACCAGUGUAGGAUGUUAAGUUAGCAUACACAGAAACCUUGAUAAGAACUUAAUGGGCAUGCGUUUUUAUGUCACACAACUACUCUGAUGCAAAAUGAUAAAUAAGUUUUGUACUUUUGACGAUCACUAAGAAGCAGUACAAUAAAAGCAUUCCUAACAAUA